AUGUUAUUUGUUUAAGCUAUGUAAAAUGCUUUAUCAUCUCCAAAACAAUAAUAAUAACAAGAAAAAUUAGAUAAAAAGAAUAAAGUUUAAAAGGAAUAAAUAGAUGGAUCAUAAUUGGCUCUACUUUUAUAAUUAGAAGCUAUUUUUCAUGAAAGAACUUAUUGUCUUGAACAUGUUACAAAGACUUUAGAAAUCUAUUGUUAUCUUGUUGAGUAAUUUGACUCAAAUUAAUAGAGUUUAAAAGAUUAUUUCUUAGAAAAAAUUUAAUUUCUCUUAAGCAGACCAGAAACAAUCAAAUUAAUGAUGGAAGAUAAUGAAGGAUCAAAUGCUAUUUAAAAUAGAUUUACUUCAAUGGUUGUUGGAUAAAAUUUGGAUCAGUUAAAAUUGGAAGAGGAAACAAGAUUUAAUCGACCUUUUCUUUAGUAAAAUUUAGAUUCAAACACUAAUAUGAGAUUUAGUGUUUUUAAAAAACAUUAAGCAAAAGAAAGAGAAAUAUGUAUGGAGGUUUAAGAAAGAUAACAAGAUUAGAAGGUUGAUGUUAAUACACUUUUGUAAUAGUAUGAUCAAAUUUCAAAGGAAUAUGAUGAAGCAAUUAAGAAAUAAUUAAAUGAUUAAAAUAUUGCAAUAAAUCUAAGAAUGGCUAAUAGGAAAAAUAAUAAGGCGAAAAAGAGAAAGUCUAAUUCUUAAGAAAAUUAGAGACAAACAAUAGUGAAUCCUUUAAGAACUACUUUAACUAAAUGGAAAUUGAUAUCAGAUAUUUAAGAAAGUGCUAAUUUUUGGAGGUAAUCCAUUAAUAAAUUAAAGAAAUGA